CCGGGGCAUGUGACUCGUGUGUGCUGUGCCCACAGGAGAUGCUGCAGGAUAAGGGCCUGUCGGAGAGCGAGGAGGCCUUCCGGGCCCCGGGAGCCGCGCUCGGCGAGGCCAGCGCCGCCAGCGCCGCCAACGCUGCCAACGCCCCGGAGCCGGCGCUGGCUGCGCCAGGCCUCAGCGGAGCCGCGCUCGCCAGCCCCCCGGGCCCCGGCGCCGACGUCGCCGUCACCACCGCCGCCCCCGCCGAGCAGACCAUCGAGAACAUCAAGGUGGGCCUGCACGAGAAGGAGCUCUGGAAGAAGUUCCACGAGGCGGGCACCGAGAUGAUCAUCACCAAGGCCGGCAGGAGGAUGUUCCCCAGCUACAAGGUAAAGGUCACGGGCAUGAACCCCAAGACCAAGUACAUCCUGCUGAUCGACAUCGUCCCGGCGGAUGACCACCGCUACAAGUUCUGUGACAACAAAUGGAUGGUGGCAGGGAAGGCUGAGCCUGCCAUGCCUGGACGGCUGUACGUGCACCCGGAUUCUCCUGCCACAGGGGCCCACUGGAUGCGGCAGCUGGUCUCCUUCCAGAAGCUGAAGCUGACAAACAACCACUUGGACCCCUUCGGGCAUAUCAUCCUCAACUCCAUGCACAAGUACCAGCCACGGCUGCACAUCGUGAAGGCUGACGAGAACAAUGCUUUUGGCUCCAAAAACACGGCCUUCUGCACCCACGUGUUCCCAGAGACUUCCUUCAUUUCUGUGACCUCCUACCAGAAUCACAAGAUCACACAGCUGAAAAUUGAGAACAACCCUUUCGCCAAGGGAUUUCGGGGCAGUGACGACAGUGACCUGCGUGUGGCCCGGCUGCAGAGCAAAGAAUACCCCGUGAUCUCCAAAAGCAUCGUGAGGCAGAGGCUCGUCUCCACCCAGCUGUCGUCCAAGCCUGACGUCAGCCCCCUGCACGGGGCUCACCAGGCGCUCCAGCACUACCAGUACGAGAACGGGGCUCACAUGCAGUUUGCCACGGCCGAGCCCCAGGACCUUCCCCUCAACACCUUCCCAGCCCAGAGGGACUCCAGCCUCUUCUACCACUGCCUGAAAAGACGAGACAGUGCCCGCCACCUGGACUUACCCUGUAAGCGAUCUUAUCUGGAAGCACCCUCGGCGGUGGGGGAGGACCAUUAUUUCCGUUCUCCCCCGCCCUACGACCAGCAGAUGCUGAGCCCCUCCUACUGCAGCGAAGUGACCCCACGAGAGGCCUGCAUGUACUCAGGGUCGGGGCCCGAGAUCGCGGGGGUGUCCGGGGUGGACGACUUGCCCCCGCCCCCUCUAAGCUGUAACAUGUGGACGUCCGUGUCCCCCUACACGAGCUACAGCGUUCAGACCAUGGAGACUGUGCCUUACCAGUCCUUCCCCACGCACUUCACCGCCACCACGAUGAUGCCCCGGCUGCCCACCAUCUCCGCCCAGGGCUCCCAGCCGCCGGGCAACGCCCACUUCAGCGUCUACAAUCAACUCUCCCAGUCUCAGGUCCGAGAGCGGGGCCCCAGCGCCUCCUUCCCCAGAGAUCGCGGCCUCCCGGGCGCCGUGUGCGAGCGGAAGCCGCCCUCGCCACACCUGAACGCGGCCAACGAGUUCCUCUACUCGCAGAGCUUCUCCUUGUCCCGGGAAGCCUCCUUACAGUACCAUUCAGGCAUGGGGACCGUGGAGAACUGGACUGACGGAUGACUCCCAGGUCCCCUCCGCAGCCCCUGGACCGUGUUAACCCAGUCUUAACCUCUGAGGGUUGGCCUGCCCCCUCACCAAGAAACCCAGCAAGGUAUUUCGAAGGGUGGGGUGCAGUGCGCGACCUGCGCUCCUGUAUUUGGAGAGCACCUGUCUUCUGACAUACAACUGAGGCCCCGACAAAGCAAAAAGAAAAAAAAAAAAGAAAAAAUACACACUUAACGAAGAAGAGAUUUUUGGCUGCAGGAUUUGGAUCCAGUCUUUUCUGACAUCUCUUGACAUGCCCUUGGGUGGGAAGGAAGUGGAGUGUUUAUGUGAGUCACUUAGAGGUUUUUAUAAUUUUCGAUUAACUCAGGGGCCAGGUGGUGAAGUCUCUCUGGCAGGGCAAGUCGAGAGUAGGGGGUUGGGGGAGGAGGAUUCUCCUGGCUGGGGAGGUGGGGCUGUCUGCCCAUCUUGCAGAGUCCUGGCUCUUGCGAAAGGCGCUGAGCAUCUUGUUCAGGGAGGAGGAGGCCCACUCCUUCAGCUUCCGGAGAGUCUGCGAGACUACCUGAGAGGUGGGCUCAGCUAAGCCUCCAAGCCCGCUCAGAGAGGAGGGCUGACUGCUCGGUUAGUGGCCCGGAAAUUGAUCCCUGGAGCUCUGAGGUCUGAGGGACCAUUUUUAGAGAGAGAAUCAUGGGCUAAGCACCAGUUGACAGGUAUUAAAACCCUGUUUUUUUCCAAGAAGUGUGAAAACGCAACCAAUAACAUCUCUGGCAUCAUUCAGGUUUUCUUAUAAAGGACAGAGCCCGUCCACCUUGGUCCCCAGCAUAUAACCCUCACUCUGAUGCGCCAGACUCUCUUCUCAGGCGUCGUCUGCAGCCUACAAUUGGCUGUUAGGAAGCGCACUUGACCUGGCGGUGUCCCCAGGAGACCGCGCUGCUCAGCACCUCCAGAGCCUGUUCUGCUCCCAGAAAACCCUCGCCUCUGGCGCCUGGAGCCCAACAGAAAUAAAAAUGAGAGUUGAGAAAGCAU